AUGACGAACAUUGAGAAGAGCGUCAAGGAGCUGGUCACUGAAAGCAACUUGAGGCUGGUCGGCCUCCUGGCACCUUACCAGGAAGUGAGGGAGUCCACAGCAGGGAGUGCCACUGGAGGAGAGAUCCCUGAGCAGGAACAGGAUGUGCCACAACCCCCGAGACGGCGGGCAACAGGAGUGACCAUCAGGGAACCCUCUAGCAUCCCACAGGCUGCUGCUGCCCCUUCCCAACAUGGGAAGGGCAAGCAAAAACUUCCAGAGUACCCCGAGCCCGUACUCAAGUCUUUUGACGAGAAUGUCAUGCCUUCUGAAGAAGAAUUUGACUUGUACAACAACAUCACUGGAGUUCUAACUAUGAGUACUGGUUGGCGUCGCUCGGAGGAGAUUGUUGCCAAGCAUGCUGAAGAGAUCAAGAUAGUCGAGGAAAGACUCACCGAGCAGCUCAAGGCGGUCGAGGCCAAACAUGCAGAGCAGCUCAAGGAGGUCGAGGCCAAACAUGCCGAGCAGCUGAGAGCAGCUGAGGAGAAAGCUACUAAACUAGGCGAGGAGCUGAAGCAACACCAGGAUGCCUUAGUUAAAAUAACUGAGAUCAAAGAGAAGUAUAGGGAGGCUUCAGUGCUGAACUUCAAAGAGGCCUCCAAACUCUAG